AUCCGCUUUACGUGCCUUGAUAUGCCAUUCAAUACUCUGAAAUCUUGCGUCCUAUACUUGCUUCGUUAUAUCGAUUGGCUUCAAAUUUCUUCUAGAUCUCAUGGCUUUUUAUCUUCUAUGCUUUGCUCAGAUUUUGAUCGAUCAAGUACCUCAAACAUGUAUCGUUCCUAUGUUGACAUUAGCUCGUCAGUGGUAUCGGUUUCGAGACGACUGUGCUCUUUGUACGUGAGGGCGCCUCAGUCUUGAUGACCGACAUCUCCGCCAAGGCAUUGGAGGCGGCCAUUAAGAAGGUCAAGCAAUUGUUGCCUGAUGCUACCUCCAAGGUUGAAACCAUGGUCUGCGACGUCUCCAAGGAAGAGAGCGUGGCUGCUGCAGUUGCCCACCUUGACGCCUGGGGCGGCCUUGACAUCAUAUUCAACAAUGCCGGUAUCAUGCACGCUGACGACGCGGAUGCCAUUGCCACGGAGGAGAAGAUCUGGGAACUCACUCAGCGCAUCAACGUCAAGGGUGUAUGGUAUGGAUGUAAGCAUGCCGUGCUCAGCUUACGCAAGCACAAGAAGACAAAGGGCAGCAUCAUCAACACAGCCAGUGUUGUUGCAUUAGUCGGCAGCGCUACGCCUCAGCUUGCAUACACUGCCAGCAAGGGCGCUGUCCUCGCCAUGACCCGCGAGCUUGCUAUUGUGCACGCUCGGGAAGGUUUCCGCUUUAAUUCACUUUGCCCUGCGCCUCUCAACACUCCAUUGCUCCAGGACUGGCUUGGCGAUGACAUUCCCAAGCGCCACCGGCGUGAGGUUCACUUUCCCACCGGUCGCUUUGGUGAGGCCAUCGAGCAGGCACAUGCUGUACUGUUCCUUGCCAGCGACGAAAGCUCUUUCGUCAACGGAAGCGAUUUUGUCGUCGACGGCGGCAUGUCGAAGGCCUACGUUACCCCCGAAGGUCCGGCGACGAAGGCACCAGUCAACUUUAGCAAGUUGUAAACUAGUAAGGUGUUAAUGUUCGGGAUAUGCCCGAAACCUUUUGAGUUCAUAGACCUCGUUUUGAGGCCGUCUUAUUGUUCCUGGGAAAUACCAUCUACAUUUACUAUCAAAGGAUUCAUUUCGAAAUGCUCCAUCUUUCAGCACCAAAAAU